AUGCCACCAAUUCGCAAAAAAGACCCCCUAAAAUCCACUCAGGAUGAGGGAAAGAUCGAAUUAGCUAUUUCCGAUUUAAAAAAUGGAAGAAUUCGCAGUAUUCGUGAAGCUGCAAGAAUCUAUAUGGUUGCUCGUACAACUCUUCAAGAUCGAAUGAAAGGAGUGCCGUAUCGACAAAUAACACGCGCCAACAACCAUAAAUUGAGUCAAUCUGAGGAGGAUUCGCUUGUCAAAUGGGUGCUUGAUUUAACUAAACGUGGAUUACCGCCCCGGCACUUUCUCGUACGAGAUAUGGCUAAUUAUCUUCUCUCACAACAUGGAGAUCAACGGGUUGGAGAUAAAUGGGUAUAUAAUCUUGUUCAACGUCGCCCAGAGAUUGAAUCCAAAUUCUCACGAAAAUACAACUACGAACGUGCCAAAUGUGAAGAUCCAAAGAUUAUACAAGGCCAUUUUGACCGCGUACGAGAUAUAAUAUCUGAGUACGGCAUCUUACCAGAAGAUAUCUAUAAUUUUGAUGAGACGGGCUUUGCUAUGGGACUCUGCGCAACUGCAAAGGUUAUUACUGGAAGCGAUCGAUAUGCCCAGCCAAAGCUUCUACAGCCUGGAAAUCGAGAAUGGGUGACUGCAAUUGAAGCAACAAAUUCAACCGGAUGGGCUCUGCCUUCGUACGUGAUUUUCAAAGCAAAGAAAAACGUACGAUUAGGCUGGUUUGAUGAGCUUCCGGAUGAUUGGAGAAUCAAUAUUAGCGAUAAUGGCUGGACUACAGAUCAGAUAGGAUUAGAAUGGCUUAAAACCCAUUUUAUUCCUCUUACUAGUGGUCGUACAUUGGGAACAUACAGUAUGUUGAUUCUUGAUGGCCAUGGAAGCUAUUUGACUGCAGAAUUUGACCGUACAUGUACGGAUCAUAAGAUUAUUCCAGUCUUUCUAAAGCGAUAUUAUGGGCAGCUUGUUGAACAACGAAUGAGGCUUGGUUUUAAUUAUAUUGACAAAAUCGACUUCUUAACAGCAUUUUCACAGGCUCGUACAGUGGCAUAUAAAGCUCAAACUAUUCGGAAUAGCUUCGCAGCCACCGGAUUAGUGCCUUUCAAUCCAGAUCGAGUUCUUCAACAUCUCAAUAUUCAAUUGAAGACUCCAACCCCCCCUCCAAGUCGAUCAAGCAAUACAGCAUCAUCCUGCUUACAAACACCUCAAAAUAUACGCCAAUUUGUACGCCAGUCAACUACAAUCAAUAAGCGUAUAAAUAAGCGUACAGGAAGCCUGAAUCAGAAUGAAGAAAUCAAUCAGGCAGUUAUACGGUUAUCGAAAGCCUACGAAAUACUAGCGAAUGAUGCUUUACUCGUACGGAAAGAAAACCGUGAUUUACGAGCUGCGCAUGAAAAAGAGAAGCAAAAGUGCAAAAGAUCUAAUAAACAGAUAUCUAUUGAGCAAGGGAUUACUAGAGAGGAAGCUCAGGCGCUCGUACAAGGUCAGGUUGAGGCAUCUCAUGCUGUUACUACUACUCUGGCUGAGCCGGAGCUCCCAGCUUCUCAAGCAGUCGUACGCCGCCAAUUUCGCUGCAGUGGUUGUAACGUUAUGGGGCAUAGAAUAAAUCAAUGUCCUAGUCGUACUAGUAGUUAG